AACUCGAGCCUACGACUGCUGAUAGUGGCCAAGCACCACGCUUAGCGACCUUUGGGUAGAAGCCUCGAGCGGCCACAGAGUGUUCCAACGGAGUGAGCUGUCAAAUGGACGCCGGACGUGGUUCUGCAGGUGGAGCGGCGCGUUUCCCGCUGAAGGGGCUCUAUGAGUUCCCUGACCGUCCGAAGGUAACCGAUGGUGCGUCUGGAGGAAUGCUGUCGCCAACGGACAUCUCCGUGGUGCUUGUAGGCACAAUUGUAGCCACGGGCCUGGCACUGUCCAUGCCACUCGUCUUCAUGGCCGUGUUGCCAGGCUGCGUCACGCCCGACCCGCGCUGCUUCGACUAUCCGCGAGAGGUGACCCUCGCCGCCUCCAAACAGGAGGACGUGGAUCCCUGCGACGACUUCUACAGGUGUGAAGCGGACACGUACCUAAUGUUCCAUAAGAGAAGCGUAAAAGCUGACUUCAGGCAUGACAUUGUUUAG